AUGCUUUAUGUUUAGGAAAGCAGUGGUUACAGAAAAUCUGUGCGAAAUAGUUUAUCUUCUAGUAGAAAUCAAUAAAAAAAGAUAAAAGCAAGUUAAUAAUGUGAAGACAUCUUACUUAAUAUCAAUUCUAUGAUGAAUAAAUUAGAUUAUUUGUAGUAGGCUAUUGAAAAUAGAAAUCAUGAGACAAAGGCACAGAUAAUGAAAUACAAACCUCAAAACUACUAUAAUAAAGAAGCACAAAAUCAAAAUACUAACUUACAAGAAGCCUACUAUACAGGAGAUAAAGAAAAUAACUAUGAAAAAUAAAAUUGUUAUCAUUUGAUGAAGAAAUUUGAAACUCAAAAAUAUCAACAUUAUCCUAGAUCUGAUUUUUCUCGAAGAAGAUCAUUUGCUAAUUGA